AUGGGGCAAUCAUCUAAUUCCACUUCCUCGGAAACUUCUGCCUCAUCAGUGACCUCCGCCGCUGUACUUAUCCCCUUAUCCACAGGGCCUUCGUUUAAAUCCGAUGGGUCCGAGAUGAAUGGUAACGAUCGUCCUCGGAACCAUGAUGCGCAUCUGGAGAAUUUUCAUUCUUACUCAGAUGAUGAUCGUCUGAGGAAACGAUUUAAGGGCGAUACGUCCGCCCAGAAUCAGUGGUCCACAGAAGAUACUGCCUUGGGUAGGGUAUAUGGGGAUUUUGAGUAUGGGGAGUUGGCAAGAUCCAACAAGAUUUUUCAUGGAAGUCAAACGUUUGCAGUCGUAAUCGGCAGCCGUUCUCGGAGCACAUCGGCUUCUGCCGAUGGCAAGCGGAACAAUCAUCAGGGGGGACAUCAGGAUUUUGAACAUUCUGAAGCUGCGAAGAUCUCACAAGGAACAUCGGAACGUCUUACAAAGCGCAGAAGUAUCACGAGCCGUUCGCCGCCUCCGCCUCCAGCUCUUACAAGCUAUAACGAGGACUUGAGUGUACUGAAACAGGCCCGUCUUCCAUCAGAGAUAAAGGAUUCACAAGAGAUGGACUAUGAAUUGGUUGAUGCCCAAAUGAGCUUGGAUUCUGCAGAUCUCCACUCACCGAUGCAGGAGCGUACCAUGAAUAGUUACAAAGUCCAUGGCAACAUGACCUCCGAGACUCUGGGAAGAACAGGACCGUAUUGGGGCCCACAUGAACAAACUGGAGCCUUUUCAAGAUACGAGAGGCCAAGGCCAUUCCCUGAAGAUAGCUACCCCCAGUAUUCUCCAAGCGUAGGGGAUCGCGAAAGGAACGAAAAUGAACGUUCCAUCAAUCGGGAAUAUCGUGAGGCAUCAUCUCCACCUUAUAGUCCGCCACCUCCCGAUGUUGAUGUAUCCUAUGAGGGCCCUGUGAAGGAUCUGACAUAUAUGCCCUUGCCUCAAACAACACAGCAAGAACAACCGAAAAACAGUGAUAAUUGGUUUUCGUGCGUGAUUUGUGAUUUUUAUAUCCAAAAUAAUGGACAAUAUAAGAACAAUAUCUGUGGAUCUUGUGCCCUAAAUCCUGUACCACCGCGUAAUUCCCGGGUUAUCCAAGAACCACCUCAACCGACGGCUCAAAGAACGGCAAGGCAAACCCGGCAUCAGGCUGGCCAAAAACCCCAUCGAAGAAGGAAUCAUGAAACGUCCAAGAAUUCGACCCCCGAGGAAUUCUCUGCUGUGUCUGCAGCCAGAACAUUCCAGACUUCGAAGGAUAGAGUGAAGGAAAAAUAUCCAAUGAAUGAGCCUGUGCCAAGCAAACCACGAGCAAUAAGUGUACUGCGGAAAAUCAAAGACGAAGAACCUAUAAAGAAUACUCUAAAAUUACACGCCUCCUGUGAUAUUCCCGAUAAGGGAGGGAAACGGGAGGCUGUCGCUACUAAUGGGGAAUCCAGGAGACCUGCUAGGUCUAACAAUUCUACAGGCCCAGCAAGAAAGUUUCCUAGCACGCCUAUUUCCCAUGAGUCACCGCCUCCGGGAGUGGUGAGUACCACUGAGCGACCAGUAAGCCGUAACGAUAAUAAUCCUCCGAAAAAGAUACCGCGACGACCUGCAGUAAAAAAUGCAGGCGGAUCAAUUCAAUUCACUGACUCUGAUGACUCUGAUGAGCCUGUGAGUGACAGGGCCAAGAUUAUAAUGCUUGAGAAGAGAUUAGCGGAGCAGAGAAGCUGCACCAAAAACCAGCGGAACGCAGCUAGAAGGCUACAGGAAAAACUUACAGAAGCCAUAAGGGAGACAAAGAAGGUCCGGGAAGAGUUCAGCGCUAAACUGGCUCAAGCACGGAAAACUAAGAAAUCUGAUCCUGGACAACUGGAUAUAAAUGACGAAACAAAGGCAUGUGACCUGCUGGUAAAGCUUACUACAGGAAAGCUUGCAGCUGUGCCUCUAAAGUUAAAAGAUCUCUAUAAGGAUAUCGAGUUUACCGCAUCUUCCCCUUGGCCUUGCCCUCCCGAGCUUCCCGAGCCAGAUCCGAGAACCUUUCGUAAACCGGGAUGGCGGAAACAGCAGAAAAAGGCUCCCGAAUAUGACACUAAAAGAAUGAUGAAGGUCCAUCUUCAUCGCCAACUAACCUGCGCUAAAACUCAGCCGCCCAAAAUCAUACCCGGGUCAUUGCACGACUUGAGUAACGCUCAUGUGGAUAGCCGUGGUAAUGGUUUGGAUGACGAGUGUAGUGAAUAUUCUCUGGGAGGCCCUGAAACUACCAUUGAUGAAUUCCUAGGGUUUCCAGAGAAUAUGGUCCCAGCUGUCAAAGACGGAGUGCUGGGAUUUCGGCCCGGGAUUAUCGUAUGCUUUCACCAAUCUUGA